CGGGACGGUGUCGCGCCCCGUGGUCGCGACUCCUCGUCUUCCUCCGUCGCUGAAGCCGAAGAUAAACCUCUAAUUCAACAAUGGCGCGGUUUUAACGCUUCGCAGCACCUGUUUUUCCUUUUAGAGCUCACGCGUUUGGGUUUUGUUCCCGGUGAAGAUGGCGGCGGGGGCGGGCUGGCAGCCUCCGUACAUCACCUCCAGCACGGGCAGCACCAAAUACACAACAACCUCUCCCACUUCUUCAAGCAUGUUUUACGACGGCAGUGUGGCGCUGGAAUACACACAAGACCUGCAUCUGAAGAUGAGUAAGAAGAUAGCACAACUGACCAAGGUAAUUUACGCUCUGAACACCAAGAACGACGAGCAUGAAGAGGAAAUCGAGUCGCUGAAAGAAGCCCAUGAGGACGAGGUCCAGCACAUCGUGACAGAAACCAGAGACAAAAUCAUGCAGUACAAGAGCAAGAUGGCUGAUGAGGCAGACCUGAGACGGCGACUGGCCAGUCUGGAGGAAUCUGUGGAACUCCACGAGCAACUGAAGAGACAGGCUUUAGCAGAAUUUGAGAUGUACAGACAGAGAAUGGAGGACUCCCAGCUCUGCACCGAGGCCCAGCACACGCAGAGAGUGGUGUCUAUGAGUAGAGAGGUGGAGGAGAUGCGUCGGGAUUUUGAAGAGAAGCUGCGGGUGUUCAGCCAGGCUCAGGCCCAGUUUGAGGCGGAUAAGCGGCGAGCGCUGGAGGAGCUGAGGGCCAUCCACCGCCAGGAGGUGGAGGAACUCCUCAACAACCAGCGGAACCAGAGCGCCACCUCCAGUGAGGACCAGGAGAAACUGGCCGAGCUUCAUAGACAAGAGGUGGAGGCAUUGAUGGAGAGGGUGGAGGAGCUCACGAAGGACAAGGUCCGCCUGGUGGAGGAAUACGAAGCUAAGCUGGCCAAAGCUCAGGAGUACUACGAGAGAGAGCUGGAGGCCAUGAGGAGGACACACCAGCUGACCACAGAGAACCUGCUGGCCUGGAAAAGAACUGAGGUUGAGCUCCGCAAGGAAUUCCAGGCUCAGGACGCAGCGCUGCAGCGUUCGCUGUCCAAACUGCGGAGUGAGCUUCAGAAAGCUCAGGAAGAGGCGAGAGAGAACCGGGACAAAACCAAUAGACUGCAGACAUCGCUGGUCAACGCAGAGGGAACCAUUAAGAACCUGCACAAGCAGCUGGAAGAAGCCAUCCAGGACGGAGAGAUCUGGGUGAUGCAGCUGAAGGACACAGAGUACGAGCUGGAGAGCAGCAGGGAACGAGUUCAACAGCAGGCAACUGAAAUUCUCCACAAAGCCAGUCAGAUUGGCUCUCUGCAGGCCACGCAGAUGGCCCAUGAAGCAACCAUCAGGAACCUGGACCAGGAGCAGAGUCGGAUUAAGGAGAAGAUCAGCAGACUGGAGGAGGAGAGGGAGGCUUUACUCAACCAGAGCCAGACCUCGAGUGAACAGCACAAACAGCAAGUCAUCAAACUAGAACAGUCGCUGCGUGAAGAGCACCAGGGCUACGAGAAGGAGCUCUCCAGACUCAGGGCACACUUUGAGGAGGAGAGGAUUCGCUUCAAGGAGGCGCAGGUGAGAGCGAUUGAGGAGAUGGAGGAGAAACACCAGGCCAUGAGGGAGGAGGCACUGCAGGAGAAGGAGGAGGAGAAGGAAGUCCUAUUGGCGAAAAUUAGUCAGGAGUUUGAGAUUAAGCGUCUGUCGCUGGAGGAGCAGCGAGAUCGUCUCCAACAGCAGCUGGAUAACUUGAAGGAGGAGCUCUCGGCCAAACUCAACAUGGCCAAUCAGGAGGUGUCCCACCUGCAGGAGCUGGUGAGGGAAGGGCAGCAGAACCUGGGCUCAGCUCAGUCACAGAUCACCUGUCUGAAGGAGACGCAGGAGAAACUCAAGGUAGAACUGGACGCAACCAGAGCACGAGUCCGAGAGACCAGUAAUCUGCUGACUGACCUGCAGGAGGAGAUCGAGACCCAGAAACAGCAGCAUGAUGCCAGACUGAUGUCCAUCAGAACCGAAGAGAAGCAGAAGACGGACAAGAUGGCCGACGACCUGGAGCAGAAGUGGAGAGAUGCACUGCAGGAAGAAGUGCGCUUGUUGAAGGAGGAGCUGAACGAGGAGUACGAAGCGGACAAGCAGUCUGCGCUGACACAGCUCUCUCAGCAGAAGGAACUGGAGCUGAUGGCAGCAAGAGAAGGCUGGCAGAGGAAGGUGGAGGACCUGCUGGAGCAGAUCUCGCUGCUGAAACAGUCCCUGGAGCUGCAGUUGUCUCAGUCGCAGUCAGCGCUCCAGCAGCUGCAGUCCCAGUUCAACCAGGAAAGAGAACUGCUGAACCAACAGCUUAAAGAGAUGCAGAGAGAGCAUCAGAGGAGAGAGCAUCGAUUACAGGAGGCUCACUGCUGUGCUCUCAGCACCAUGGAGGAGGCCAGGCAGCACCAGAUCAGGGCCCUGGAGGAGCGCCUGAAGCAGGAGCAGAGGGAGGAGGUCCAUGCUCUGAAGGAGGCCCACAGGAGGACCUUAGAUAUCCUGAGGCAGCAGUCGGACCAGGAGCUGCAGACACUGCGGUUUGAACUGGAGGACGAGGGGAAAGCAAAGCUAGCCUCUCUUCGUGCAGAGCUGAACCACCUCCAUGCUUCAGCUGUUGAGCAUCUCAAGCAGAUUCACCUUAAAGAAAAUAGUGCCGUUAAACGAGAGCUGGAGAAAGCCAUGGAGCACAGCCACCAGCAGUGCAUUAGGAGGAGAGGACAGAACUUCUCCAGUGGACAUUGGCUCACAUACACACUUAGGUUGGGACCAAAGCAGGAACAAGAGCUCCUGGUUCGCCUCUCAGACCUCCAAGCAGAGGUGUGUUCCCGCAGCAAUCGCAUCACCAAUCUGGACCAUGAGAUCCACUCCCUGAACGAGACCAUCGACACUCUGACCAGAGAACUGGAACUGAAGGGCAAAGAGGUUCUGCGGGUCCGUAGUGAAGCCAAUCAUCAGAUAAGGGCUCAUGAACAAGACUUGGCAAAGAGACACGAGAGGGAGCUGGGAGAGAUGAGUGUGGUCCAUCACAGAGAAACACAAAUCAUGCUGGCUGACUUCAACAAGGCUCAGGAGGUCCUCAAAGACAAGAUUUCUGCUCUGCAAAUACUGUUGGAGGGGACAGAGGAGAAGUUGAGGAACAGAGAAAGUCGACCAGAGGAUCUGCAUCACAUAGCAGAGCUGAGAGAGAUGGUCACAGAGAGAGAAGCUCUCGUCAAAAAGCUGGUGGACGACAAGAAGUUCUACCAGUUGGAGCUGGUGAACAGAGACACUGGUUUCAACAAGGUGUUUAACUCCAGUGCCAACGUCGGGGUCAUCAAUCCCCUUAUCAAGCCUCUUCCUCUUCUUCUUCCUCCUCCUUAUCCUCAUCCUCCACCUCAUCCCAUGCCAAGCCUUGCUCCUCCUCAUGCUCCUCAUCCUCAAGAAGCCCCGGUGCAACAAAGCGUAAGGAGCCCUCCUGAAGCUAAUGCUGUGACACCGUCAGACUCUAGGGGAGUGGGAGAAAACAAAGGACAUGUUUCACAAGAGGAGGAGUUGUAUGCACAGUACUUUACUUUCUGACCAGCAAAAAAACAAACAAAAAAGAACUUGGUCAAAAAACAUAAAACCACACAAAGUAAUGGGACAGAGAGCUACAGCUGAGCCGCAUUCAAAACACAUUGUGUUCAAUUGUGCGUUGAUAACAACAGCAGCCGAGGUCCUCCAUACAUGAGCAUUGUACACUGUGUGCUUGGUCAUGAAAGUGCAAAGUGUUAGUUAGGGUUUAAAAACAUUGGGUUUUU